CCAGGUUUGCUAGCGCGUUUGCUGUCCGAGAUCCGGUUCUUAGUAGGCUUGGUGCUGCGAAAGAUACAAGAGACGCACUCGCCGCCCUCAACCAAAGUCGCGCAAUCCACAGCUCAACUACUCAUUCGCUAUGCCUUCGUUGUUCCGCUCGUUUGCGCUCGCCAGCGCGCUGUUCUCGGCCGCCAACGCCGUAAAUCCGGUUGAGGUUCGCGGGCAGGAGUUUGUUGAUACUGUAACAAACCAGCGUCUGAUGAUCAUUGGUGCCGACUACCAGCCUGGAGGUCAAGGUGCCUACAAGCCACAGAGCGGCGAGGACGCGUUGACCAACGCCGAUGUUUGCUUGCGCGAUGCCGCCGUCAUGCAGAGGCUGGGUGUCAACACGAUUCGUGUGUACAAUGUCUCUCCCACACUCAACCACUCGGAAUGCGUGUCCAUCUUCAACGCCGCUGGGAUUUAUCUAUUAAUUGAUGUCAACUCCCCACUUCCGGGUGAAAGUAUCGAUCGUAGCGCCCCAUGGACUACGUAUAAUUCGAACUACCUUCAACGGGCUUUUGGCAUUAUCGAGAACUUCAAGAAUUUCCCUAACACUCUCGGUUUCUUCGCUGCCAAUGAGGUAAUGAACGAUCUGGCAACCGCCGAAUACAACCCUCAGUAUAUCCGGGCUGUUCAACGCGACUUGAAGAAUUACAUCAAGAACCACGCUGAUCGUACCAUUCCCGUCGGUUACUCCGCUGCUGAUGUACGCGAAAUUCUCCAGGACACAUGGGCGUACAUGCAAUGCGCCCAUGAUGACGACAUGUCGUCCUCUGACUUCUUUGGCUUGAACUCUUACAGCUGGUGUGGCGAGGCCACCUUCCAGACUUCCGGGUACGACGGAUUGGUCAGCAUGUUCAACGAGACUGCAAUCCCUAUCUUCUUCAGUGAAUACGGUUGCAAUGAGGUCAAACCUCGCGUAUUCACCGAGGUUGAGGCGCUAUACAGUGAUCAGAUGAAAGUGCUGUCUGGAGGUCUGGUCUACGAAUACUCUUUCGAAUCGGCAGACUAUGGACUUGUGACCAUCAACUCCAAUGGCUCAGUGAGCCUCCUUCAGGAUUACGACAACCUCCAGGAACGAUUCAACAACAUUGAUUUGAGUGCCCAGACAGCUACAAACUCCGCUUCUGUCAGCAUUACAGCUCCACAGUGCGCUGCCAGCCUCAUCACAGCCCAACAGUUUAGCACCAAUUUCACCAUCCCGGCUGUCUGCCCAGGCUGCCAGACACUCAUCACGAACGGCAUCAGCUCACCCUCGAACGGCGCGCUUGUUUCUGUUACUCAGAGGACAGUCAGCCAAGAGGUCUACGGCUCAUCUGGCGGCAAAAUUCAGAACUUGGAAUUGUCGGUACUCUCAAACAACGGAGUAAAUAGCCCCGGUGGUGAAACUACCAGCCCCUCCGCCACCGGAUCUUCUGCCGCAAGCCCCAGCGGCACCGGGUCGGCUGCACAGCCUACCGCGUCCACGACAGGUGCAGCCAACAGCCUGAGUAGCAGCAUGUGGCUGUGGAUGGCCUUACUGACGGUUAUGAUACUGCAAUAGGCGACCUUCAGCUCUCUAUCUUCGUGUUGUUUUCAAAGCGAACAGCAACUGCAGAUUUACAGGCUGAGCGAUGGGCUGACGUGGUAUGACACGAUAUGAUGUACGACCGAUAUUGACCGGACUUUGGUCUCUUUCUGUACAUAUUUGGGAUGCUAUAUACCCGCUUCUGUCUUUGCGUAUCCUUUAGCGUGGAGUUAGUCCAGCUUUGCAUGAUGAUAAUGAUUUGAAUUGGUGAUAUCGAUCGUGGUCUGUUUUGAAUGUGUCU